AUGAACCACGCCAAGUGCGAGCGAGAAGCCGAAGGGAUGGCAUCGGAGGACGUCAACGGGUACCGGCGCGUACGGCUGGUGGGGUCUGGGUCGUUUGGCAAGGCGUGGCUCGUGCAGCGUAAGACAUCGCUCUCGCAGUAUGUGAUGAAGGAGAUUGCGGUGCGCUUGCUGGACGAGGGUGCACGCAAGGCAGCCGUGAACGAGGUAAUGGUGCUGCAGCAGCUGCGACACCCGUACAUUGUGCGAUACCGCGACGCCUUUUGCCACAACGGCAUGUUGUGCAUCUGCAUGGAAUAUGCGGCAGGUGGCGAUCUUUCCGCUCGCAUCGCAAAGCAGCGAGCGCAGGGCUUGUUUCCGGAGGCCAAGGUGCUGGAUUACCUCACCCAGCUCACGCUCGCGCUUGCAUAUCUACAUCGAAAGAACAUUCUGCACAGAGACCUCAAAAGCCAGAACGUGUUCUUGUCAGCGAGGGACCACGUCAAGCUGGGGGACUUUGGCAUCUCAAAGGUGCUGACAGACACGCAGCAGCACGCGAGCACUCUGGUUGGCACGCCGUUCUAUCUCUCGCCAGAGAUUUGCAUGUCCAUGCCGUAUGGGCAGAAGAGCGACACGUGGGCGCUGGGGUGCGUGCUGUAUGAGCUGCUGACACUCAAGCACGCGUUCCGUGCACACAGCAUCAGCAGCCUGAUGGUGCGCAUCAUGGGCGGCCACUACCCGGAGCCGAGCCUGGGCUACUCCGCGGCAACGCGGCGCCUGGUCCGCCACCUCCUCGAUGUCCGGCCAGACAGCCGCUGGGACACGAGCGUCCUGCUCCAGCAGCACGUGCUGCAGCCGCAUGUUCUCAAAUACGUCAAGGCGUGCGACAUGGACCAUGUUCCCCUCGGACCCCACCUGCGCGCAGCCAUCGCGGAGAAGGCCGCCGCACCACACGCCCAGCUGCGCAAGGAGCAGGUACAGGUGCAGCCGGCCCAGACGCGGCGACCGGUUCGGAAGCUACCAAGGCCGGAACCGUCAUUGUCACCUUCGCCGAUCAAGCGCCAGGAUGUGCCCGACCGGGAGCACGAACAUCAGCCAGGCCAGCCAGUGCAGAGGUCGCCCCAGCAUGACCACCAGCACCAGCACCAGCACCAGCAGCAGCUUGUGGAAGAUGGCCGAGCAAAAGUCACCCUUCGGACACCGCACACCGAACGACUGACGAGCUGUGAACCCGACGACGAGGAAUGGGGUGUGGAGGAUGAGGAGGAAGAAGAAGAGACCACAGAGGAGAGAGGGGACGUCGAGUGCGUUGAAGAGCAAGGUGCACGCCAACACCAACAACAGCAACAGCAGCAGCACCAAGGGCAUGGUCAUCACCACAACAAAGACGCGAGGAAUGCAAGCCGGUCAACAGCGUCUGAGCAAGAGGAGGUGGCCAAGUUCAUGCUUGGGGACGCAACGCUGCAUCUGCAAGGCGUGAAGAGCGACGACAGCAUGUUCACGAGGCUGGAGGCGCUUCGGCAGUUCCUGGAGCUGCGGCUUGGCGAAGACCGCCUCGCUGCCGCCUACGCAGAGGUCUACGCAACGCUGAUGGAUGACGACGAUGACGAUGAUGAUGAUAACGACGACGGCGAUAGCUUGUGCCUGUCUGAUCCCGUUGUGAACGUGUAUGCGCCUUUAAUCGUGCAGCUGGUGUACGCCGAGCUGUCGACCAAGCAUGACUGA